CUGUAAUGAAACUCGAGCAUCAUGAUGGUGCUAGUAAAGCUUGAAAUAAAUCUGAAAAUGUACACACACGUUACUGCUGCAUGAUACCGAAUAUAAACGUAUAGUUCGCACAGAUUACAAAAAUAUUUAGACAGUCAAGUAUUUAUUGUACUAGUGAGAAUCAAUAUUCAGUGGGACAAGAUAAACAUUCAUUUUUAUAUGUAUAUGUAUAUGUUAGUAAUAAAUAUCUUAUAACUUCUAUGUGCAUUUUCAGAUUCAUUUCAAAUUUUACGAAUAUAAUUAUGAUAUAUUUCAUUAUAGCGCUAAUAAAACUGCAGAACAUUUUAUGUAAGGAUCCAAAUACUUUCGUAAGCCACUGUACUUCUGACUGCGUUUUAAACUGCCUUUAUACAAGAAUUUGAUAUUAUCGAUGGACAUAUUUUGUAUUGUAUAUCCACGGAUUAAAACGCGGAGAAUUAGACGAUGACUCAAGUAUGCAAUUGUCUGCUUACUAUACUUUAUUAUCGAAAGAAAAAUAUAUACAGAUUUAUAUAAUAUUUCUUUCAUAUCCCUUUUUAUGAAAAUUCUACUUGAUCUCUGGAUAGUCAGAAACCAUAUUUAACUCGUUGAUGUUUUUUAUUCACCGUGAAUAAUUCCUUCGACGUUUAUUACAGAUUAUAUAACCACAAUCAACUAUUGCAAUUAUACGUGGCAAGUGUAAGCACAUGCAUUGUACAAAAUCGUUGUAAUUAUCUCUUCUGAUACAAAUCUAACACGGUUGUCACGUACAUAUUGUCAAACACAUAAGUAUUUAAAGGCAAAAUACUUAAAAGUGAACGUAUAAAAGGUAACGCUAACAAUCCUACAAUUAGUUUAGUCGGUUCCUUACUUCGCGAGGAGAUUCAACAUAAGUUUUGAAACAUGAAGAAUUCAGCAUUUCUUGCUUCGUUUAUCCUCUAUUGCGUAAGAAUAAAUAUAUCCUAUUUUCAAACAGUAUAAACAAUACGAUGUCUGUCGUUUCAAAAUAUUCAAAGUUAUCUACUUCAGGGUCUUUUCAGUCAAAAUGUAAUUGUGUCACACGCGAAACGUCCACCUUUUCCUCCCGAAAUAAUACAUGAUUGUAUGGAUCGUGAAAACAUAACAACUAAAGAAUUGAUGAUACUUGAUAGUUCACCGGUUGAGACAAUCAAAUUACUAGACAGCAAUAGAGAAGACUUCAGAAAUAUCGGAUGUUUCUUAGCUUGCGCCUUCCAACAACAUGGCGACAUGUCAGGAUCUACUAUGAAUGUACAAACAAUGAUAGAUCGUAUGCACGGAAUGCAUCACGGUCACAUAGACGCCAAUCCGUUUUUCGCUAAUGCCUUGCAAACAUGUGCAGAUUCGCUUGGAGGAACAGACGACGAAUGCGAAGCGGCUCUUACCUUCCACAUGUGCUUGAUGGAAGCUUUCCAUAAUAGAUCCUAAAUCAAUUUAUAUUUUAUCUAUUUCGACGUAUCUGCUGCGAUAAUGGCAACUUGUUAAAAAUUAUUUGAUUAGUAAACUAUCAAAUUAGCGAGCAAUUGAAAAGGAUAGUUGAUAAUUUGUGCAACCUUUUUCCCUAAAAGUCCCAGUUCAAAUAUAUCUAAUAAUGCGUGUGAUAAAAUUAAUCAAUUCGAAACGUAGAUACGAUUGCCAUGCGUCCUAAUACAAUUGGAUUAUGUUUCUAGAUUCGUCACAUAGUCACGACUAUCGUUUCGCAGUGCAGUAUCGACAUGUUCGCUAAAAAAUUACAAAUAUCCUCCACCUUGGUUUCCAGAUCUCAGGAUUUACUGAGUUUAGGAUGGCGAAAGCUUCUAGUGCCCGUUUCGUUGUUUGGAGUAAUUGCACUUUUAUUCUGCUUGUGCUACAUAUUUUGGGAUACGAUGGAUUAUAAGAUAAUGGAGAACAACGUUUUCAUCCAAGAUCUAAAUAGCGCUAUAAAGGAAAAUUCAACAUUGUCCCAACACAGUUUGAAUGACACUAUGCAACACAAAACUGGUAAGACCUAUUGUCAAACUGGUCCAUCAUGUAAUACAAUAACCUGUUCGUCUAUCCCGCAAGAUUCUGGAACAGUGGUGUCAGAGUUCAUCGAGAACAAUUUCAAGGCUAUCUGCAAGGAUACAACAUCCGUGAAAUUGUCACUUAUCAAAUGCAAAUUCCCCGAGAACAUGCUUCGGAAGAAUUGGCUGUGCACCAACUUGUCGAUCGAAGAGUUGACGUUCGAGCGUUGCUUCCUCAGCAAAAUAGAGGAUAACGCGUUUUCGUCGUCCAUUUAUGAACAGACGAAGAAGAUCUCUAUGAUCAACAACGAACUCGUCUCUUUGCGCAAGGCGAUGUUCCGUCACCUUAAAAUGUUAGAGGUGUUGAGUAUUAACGAAAAUAUCGUCAAGUCGGCUGAAUUUAAUUUGCUCGAAGAGGUGGCGGGUUCUUUGACCACGCUGGACCUGCGCCAAGCCAUCGACGAUCGAAAGGUGCUUCGAAACAUAACGGGCGGAAACGCGUUGUCAAAGCUUGAAUUAUUGUCUUUAUGGGGGAACUCCAUAUCCGUGAUCGAUGCUGAAUUGUUCGUCGGUGUGCCAAUGGUGAAAUCGCUUUAUCUGCACGCCUCGAACAUUGAGACAGUGUCACAAGAUACUUUGCAACCGAUAGCUUCAUCCAUAUUGCAAAUAACGCUGUACAGCAACAAUAUUGUCUCGUUACCACAGGGACUGCUAGACCACGUGGUUGAUUCGAAUAAAUGCUUUGGUAUGUUUAUGUACGACAAUCCUUGGCACUGCGAUUGUAGUUUAAAAUGGUUACAGGAUUUCAUGCAAAAUCAGUAUAUCUGUAUGGACCAGUCGAAUGUAGUAAAUUCGGAUAGAAAAAUUCCAAUUUGUAAGACGCCUCAGGAAAAAGCCGGGAAGCCAUUUACGACAGUGGAUUUCUGUUCUCAGUCAACCAUCAAUUCCACCAUAUCCACCACGACACUUAAAUCUACUAAACACGAUUGGAUCCAAACUACUACUAUUACUCCGACUAAAGGUAUAAACAAUCAAACCACCCAGACACCAGAUACAACCAAUAGGAUGGUCCACGUAAAUUGCAGUCUCACCUAUACAUAUAUACAAACUGCUAAUACACGCAAACUUUUAUCCACCGAUGUUCUUCAGUUUCCUCCGCGAUUUCCCCAUUUCUAUGUCUCGAAGGUCUCAGACCGCAGCAUACUCGUGAAUCUGCCCGACCUGAACAAAAAAAUCACGCUGCUCUGGUUCGACAACAAUAACGUCGACAGCUCGCUCGGCUGUGCAAAAAAUGUGAAGUACUCUUAUCUGCUGCAGAAUAUCGAUUCGCAGGCAACGUAUACUAUCUGUUUGCUUGACGAUAACGGAGACAACGUAUCACCGUUGAACUGUUUGGCUGUAACUACUAGGCCCACUUACGAGUACAGGACCUGGUUGACGAACGCAGACAAGAGCUUGGUCUUCCCUCUAUUGAUAUCGUCGUUAAUUCUACUGUUCUUCGUCGGUGCUUUCCUCUCGUUCCUGCUGAUAAGGCGAUACCCAACAUUGCUUCGCGGUAACAAACGGAUCAUGUUGGUGAAACGCAGGAACGUGGACGCCAUUGUGCUUCCAAAGGGCGUCGAUAUGGAUGAGGAGAAACAGAGAAAAUCAAUCUCUGUUUCUUACGUUAGCAAGCUUUACGAGGAUGGCUACGUUACGCCUUUGCCUCCGGAGAGAAUGCUGCUUCCUCGAAGAUCGAGAAUAUCUAGAACAAGCUCUCAAAGCGACAGAAAUAGUUACGUGUCAGAGGUUGAGACAAUAGAGUCGCAACUAGCUUUUUGGAAACUGAAGAGCGAGCUGGAGAAACAGAAAUCAAUUGCUCCUCCAUUACCACCACAUCCUUCCAACUUAAUUCCUUCCGUUUCUUGGGGAAUAGAUACAAAGGACGACCGUGAUUAUGAAGUUUUUAACUUAAAUUCCGUAAUACCUGAUGCCUACUAGAUCAUUAGCCAUUUUACAACAAUUGAGUAAUGAUUUCAAAGUCGUUUACUGACACAUACUACAUAUUUUGCAAUGUGAAGUUACACAGUUGAAUCUCUUCUCAUUGGAUCGAAUUCUGUAAAAUUUGGCUGCCGGCCGAGAGGUACGCGUGUCAAUGUCAAUUUCAGUGAUCAUGUAUAAACAAGAAGAUUGAACCACUAAAAGAUGUCGAUAAUUGAAAAUAUAUAUAUGUAAAUAUAUGUAAAAUAUAUAUA